AUUAUCCCGGCUGUCGAAACUUUCUGGCUAUCAGACGAAAUCCAACUUACAAAGUUAAAUUAUACAAAAUCUGCAUUGAGUAAAACCAUUGACGAAACACAAAAAAUACGUGAAGUUGUAUCUGUUGAAUUAAAUAACCCCUUUAGUCAUGAAUAUUUUGUUUUUUAUGCAUCUCUUAGUAUGGGGAGACUUUUAAAAGGACACACAGAAAUCGUAAUACCUUUUGAUUACAGUGAAAUUUUGAAUGAAACUGACUUUUUUGAGUCGGAUCAUGAAGAGAAGCAGGAGAUCGAUAAGAGAAAACAGUAUGAAUAUGAUCAUGAUAGUGAUUAUGAACCAAGCAACGGCUCUUCUAUUUCCUCUGAUUCGAAUAAUCAACAAAAAAAGCAGAAGAUCAAUAAAGGAAACAGCAGUGUAAAUUUAUCAGAGUUGGUAAACCAAGAACAAUUACCGACUGUGAUAGUUAUGAACCCUACCACUCAAAUCCUGAGGACUCCAUCAUCUAAUAUACAAAUUACUCCUAAAAAGCCGGUUCUUUUUAAGGAAUCCGUAACUUAUAUAGAAAAUCAUAUAAAAAUGAAUGUAAAUAAUCAAGGAAUGAUAAUAAAAGACAAUAAUGCAUCAGUAGAUGUUCCUAGGAUAAUUCGCAAUUGGCUUGUAACAGCAUUAUCAAGCAUAUCACUGAUGGUUUGGGGUAUGGAAUUCGAGCAACAGGGAGGUUAUUUUUAUCGAAGUGGCUGGUUAACUUUUAGUAGACUAUGCCUUAUAAAUAAGCAUAUUUACAAAGUUUCACAGAUCAAAUCUGCAACAUUACCAUUCGAAUUCAUUGAUGUAGCGGAUUUUUUGGCAAUCUUUGAACUUCUUUAUAUUCUUGUG